AGCAAUCGCCAUCAUUUUCAUCGUUCGCGUACCGCGUUGGUAUUAAAAAUUGUCUUUCUAUCGAUUUCACGGCCGUCGUUGUUGCGUCGGGUGUGUGUAGUGUAAAACAAUCCAGUGCGUCGCAAGAUCGGCUUUUCCUUGCCUUUUCUGUAGUGCUGUUUGGAGCUAGAAGGUUGAGAACAUAGUGCAGAUUUCACAGCACAGGCCGGGGUCUGGUGUUCGUCGUUCGGGGGUGUAGUUUGUCAACGGAACGAAUAAUCCAGAAGUGACCAUCCUCCACCGAGCAGAAAAUAGACUGCUGUGAAUAUUGACGACGAAGAAUACGUAAACUUCCGUACGUACGCUUCGUUCGGCAAGGGUGCAGAUAUUUCCCGUCGACAGAACAGGAACAAGACAAGAAGUCAAAGCGCAUUUAGAGAAGCAGAAAAAAGAACAAGAAAAUAUGGCUGCUCUGCCUCGUAGAAUAAUUAAAGAAACGCAACGCUUGAUGCAGGAGCCUGUCCCCGGUAUCAGUGCCAUCCCGGAUGAACAGAAUGCACGUUACUUUCACGUAAUCGUGUUCGGCCCGGAGGACUCGCCGUUCGAGGGCGGCCUGUUCAAGCUAGAACUGUUCCUGCCCGAGGACUACCCGAUGUCUGCCCCAAAGGUGCGCUUUAUUACAAAGAUCUACCAUCCAAACAUCGACCGUCUCGGUCGAAUCUGCUUAGACAUUCUAAAGGACAAGUGGAGCCCGGCGCUGCAGAUUCGCACGGUGCUUCUGUCGAUCCAGGCACUGCUCAGCGCACCGAAUCCGGACGACCCGCUGGCGAAUGACGUAGCGGAGCUGUGGAAGGUGAAUGAGGCCGAAGCGAUCCGGAACGCGAAGGAGUGGACGCAACGAUACGCGAUUGUUGAUAACUAGAGUCUGAACAAUUUCCCUACACACAACACAGACACACAAUAACUUUUAUAAAAAGAAAAUCCUGCUAAACGAACGAUAUAAAUUGCAAAACAGCAAGCAGCAGCAACAGCAUCAGCAACAAUAGUAGCAACCAACAAAAGUAAUGAAAAGAAAGGACACUUGGAGUGCUGCCGGAGGAAGUAGACGGGUGAAGGCGUGUGUGGGUGCGGGUGUGUGUGUGUGAGCCUAGGAGUAUUUCUUCAAAAUGUAGUAUCAUCAUCGGGGAGGAGUAAGCUGUCAAAAUCUUUAGUGCAACCAUAGCAAUCGAGAACGGAGGAAGACAACAAAGCAGCAUCCACAACACGACGGGCAAAACAUGACUAUGUCGCAUUGCAUUGGUUUGUACAUGUUUUCGUUUCCGUCGAAUCACCAUUACCGUCGCCGCAUAGGACCUGAGAAAUCGAUGGGAAUCGCAACGUAAUAUGGACGAAACAAUAGGCAACACACGGAGCAGUGACGUGAACUUCAGCUGCAGAUUGCUUAUAUUUAAUACCGUUCUUUGAGUCGAGCGUCACGAGUAUGUUUAUAACGUUGUUGGAAAUUCGCAGCUCCUAUCGACCGAAAAAACAACCAGCCAAAACUACAUCGAUAUCUUGCAUUAUGCGAUAUGAAGGAAUACACACAAGUCACACAGCGUGGUGUCACCAAAAUCUCCGCUUCUACACGUCCGAGAUACGGUCGAUUCUUUUUAUUAACAUUUAAAUGUUCGGCAAAAGCAGAAGAAGUAAAAAUCCAAUUCUGUCCUCGCCAAGUCGUGUAAAAGCACUUAUUUGACACCCGGAUGGUAAACUUAAUUAAACACACAUACACACACACACGUGCGCGCAUAACAGCACCUUAAGUUAUUGGAAUUCUUAAAUAGAUGCAUAUGAAAAAUUAAAAAAAUAAACGCGUACACUAACUACUACGGCAAGCCACUAUUUUCGUCACAACCGCAAAAGAAAUAAUGAAAGCUGAGAUGAAACAAAAAAAUGCUAAAGAGCAGUGGACUACGAGAGUCAGUAUAAUGAGGGGAGUGGGUCAAUCCAAAUCAAGAAAAAAUUGUGAAUCCUACAAUGUAACAGGAACCAAGCGAUUGUGCUGUCCGUUGAAGUAAACAAGUUAAUAUUCGAAUUGCGCCCCCUUCUCCCAGGAAACAAAAAUGCAUUCUAAGUAAAACAAAAUCUAUUAAAAACACGAACAAAAAAAAACGCAACUCACACGCAAAACACUACGGAAACAAUUGUAUAUUAGAAUGAGGAUUAAACAUAAUUGAAGGAAAAUCUAAA